AUGGUCAACUCCCGUGGCUCCGUCUGCUCUGACCAGGGCUGUGGCCAAGGCUGCUGCCAGGAGACCUGCUGCCGCCCCAGCUGCUGCCAGACCACCUGCUGCCGCCCCACCUGCUGUGGCUCCAGCUGCUGUGGCUCCAGCUGCUGUGGCUCCAGCUGCUGCAGGCCUACCUGCUGCACCACUAGCUGCUGCCGCCCCUCCUGCUGUGGCUCCUGCUGCUGCCGCCCCAGCUGCUGCAUUUCUAGCUGCUGCUGCCCCUCUUGCUGUGGCUCCAGCUGCUGCCGGCCCUGCUGCUGCCCCUGCUGCUGCCUCCGCCCAGUCUGUGGCCAGGUCUCCUGCCACACCAACUGCUAUCGCCCCACCUGUGUCAUCUCCACCUGCCCCCGCCCCAUGUGCUGUGCCAUCUGUGACUGCUGA